AUGCAGGAGUCAUUACGUCACGAACUCGAUUCGCUAUCCCUGUCUACCAACCCCGAGAAUGAAAAUCCACUCAACAUUCUUCUCCCUGCAUACGAAACGCUGUGGAGAAUUGUCCUUCGUUGUUUCCUCGAAAUUUCGUUUCGUCACUCGUCUGAUGCUGCGGCUGAAUGGAAAGAUGUUCUCUCCCGAUUUCUGACAAAUAUGACAGCCGAACAAUUUAGCGAACGGGCAGGAAGAUGUUCGGCCCGAGACAUCGUUUUUGAAGCACUGCGUUUGUAUCCACCGACCAAGAGGAUUUAUCGUCAAAAUGAAGACAAUGGGAUAAUGUUUGCGGUGGAUGUUGAGUAUAUACAAAGGACUGAAGAGAUAUGGGGGAUAGAUAGGAAUGAGUUCAGACCAGAACAAUGGAGUGAAUUGGAGAGUAAAGGCAACAUGGAACACAAUGAAGCAUGGAUGCCUUUUGGAAAAGGUAGUUUUCCGUGUCCAGCAUCGAAGGUAGCGCCAAUGAUGGUUGGAAUGUUGGUCGGGUGUUUGAUUGACACUUUUGGUAGUGACUGUUGGGUUUUGGAAGGUGAAGGUGUGGAGGACGUGAUAUCGAGAGGAAUACCGUUGGAUAAUGGAAGGGAGGCGUUUGGGUGUUUAUCAUUGAGACGAGUUAAUGAUGAAAAGACUGAGAUGUAG